UCUCCUACUUUUCAUGUGUGUGUGCGUGUGUGUGUGAGGGCAGCGCUCCGCUCCGGCCGUGGCUUUGGAUUAUCGUGUUAUGGGUGACUGCACCAUCUGCGAUCCCUGCCCUGGCACAAGGGCUCUUUUUUCCGCGAAAAACAAGCUUUGUGAAAUCUGUAGAGAAGUUCUGGAGAUGGCUGUGAAGCGUGAAGCGACGCGAAAUCCAUCGACGGCUAAACGGCUUCCCUGGGUUUCGCUGACUUUCUCAUUGCUUCACUGAAGAUGGACACACUGGAGUCGGAGUUGACUUGCCCAAUCUGUCUGGAGCUUUUCGAGGAUCCUCUACUACUGCCUUGCGCCCACAGCCUGUGUUUCAACUGCGCCCAUCGCAUUCUAGUGUCCCACUGUCCGUCAUUCGACGAGUCCAGCAAACCCUAUUCUGCCUUCCAGUGUCCCACCUGCCGCUAUGUCAUCACCCUCGACCAGCAGGGUCUAGACGGCCUCAAGCGCAACGUCACUUUACAGAACAUCAUUGACCGCUUCCAGAAGGCGUCUUUGAGCGGGCCGAACUCACCGAGUGAGACGCGCCGCUGCAGCCGCGAUCCGUUCCCCUCGGUGGCGGUGGACGAAGGCAGGGUCAUGAGUUCGCCGUGCGAAGCUGUCCAGUGCCAGUUCUGUGAGCAGGAUCCGCCACAGGAGGCGGUCAAGACCUGCGUCACCUGCGAGGUUUCGUAUUGCCAGGAAUGCCUGCGCGCCACUCACCCUAACAAGAAGCCCUUCACGGGACACCGGCUCACCGAACCCGUGCCGGACUCGCGCCUCAGAGGACUGGCCUGUCCCGAGCACGGAGAGGAGAAGGUCAACAUGUACUGCGUGACGGACGAGCAGCUGAUUUGCUCGCUGUGCAAACUGGUCGGGCAUCACCGUGACCACCAGGUGGCAGCACUGGGAGAGCGAUUCGACAAGCUGAAGCACAUGUUGGAUUCCAACCUCAGCAAUCUGAUCAAGAGAAACAGUGAGCUGGAGAACCUGAUGGCCAAACUGAUCCAGACGUGUCAGCAUGUGGAGCACAAUGCGGCUCAUCAAGAGAGCAAACUAGCAGAAGAGUGCGACACGCUGAUAAACAUCGUCCAGCAGAGGAGACAAGUCAUCGGCACUAAGAUCAAAGAAGGAAAGGUGGUUCGCUUGAGAAAGCUAGCGCAACAGAUCGCUAACUGUAAGCAGUUUGUGGAGAGAUCGUCUUCGCUCAUCGUUCAAGCCGAUCUGGUUCUGAAAGAGACGGAUCACGCUCGAUUCCUGCAGACCGCAAAGAGCAUCUCAGAGCGAGUCUCGAUGGCCACGGCGUCCUCACAGGUCCUGAUCCCAGAGAUCAACCUGAACGACACGUUUGACGCGUUCGCACUGGACUUCUCCAGAGAGAAGAAGAUGCUGGAGGGCCUGGAUUACCUCACAGCUCCGAAUGCUCCCACCAUCCGCGAGGAGCUGUGCACGGCGUCUCACGACACCAUCAGUGUUCACUGGACAUCGGAGGAUGAGUUCAGCGUGGUCUCGUACGAGCUUCAGUACAGCAUCUCCACCGGACAGACCAACGUCGUCAGUCUGUGUAACUCGAUGGACAGCUGGAUGAUCGUGCCCAACAUUAAGCAGAAUCACUACACGGUCCACGGCCUGCAGAGCGGCACCAAGUACAUCUUCAUGGUGAAGGCCAUGAAUCAGGCUGGAAGCCGCAGCAGUCCUCCGGCCAAACUCAAGACUAACAGUCAGCCGUUUAAGCUGGACCCAAAGUCGGCCCACAGGAAGCUGAAGGUGUCCCAUGACAGUCUGACGGUGGAGCGGGACGAAGCCUCGUCGAUGAAGAGCCACGCUCAGGACCGCUUCGGCAGCACGGGGAACUACGGCGUGACGGGGAACGUGUUCAUCGACAGCGGCAGACAUUACUGGGAGGUUCUGAUCGGAGGAAGCACAUGGUUUGCUAUCGGGAUCGCCUACAAAUCGGCUCCCAAGCACGGCUGGGUCGGUAAGGACUCGGCAUCAUGGGUACUGAGCCGCUGUAACACCUCAUGGGCCGUGCGUCACAACAGUAAGGAGUUCCCCAUCGAGCCGUCUCCUCACAUGAGGCGUCUGGGCGUCCUGCUCGACUACGACUCCGGCUCGCUGGCGUUUUACGAUGCCGCUGGAACGCAGCACCUGCACACCUUCGACAUCGCCUUCUCUCAGCCCAUCUGUCCCGUCUUCAGCGUGUGGAACAAGUGCUUGACCGUCCUCACCGGGCUCCCCAUCCCAGACCACUUAGAGAUCAGCGACCCGCGCGACUGAACGCUCGCUGAUCACAGGAAGAGUUCUGACCAGAAACGAAAAUUAGCUGAACAUGUGUUCACACUCGGGUCAUCAAAGAUUAGGAUGAGUUUGUUUCUUCACCAGAUUUGUAGAAAUGUAGCAUUGCAUCAGUGUCUCAUCGACGGAUGCUCUGCAGUGAAUGGGUGCCGUCAGAAUGAGAGUCUGAUAAA